UUGCGGCGCGGGCGGCGGGCGGAGCUGGUCCCGUUGUGCUGCGGCUCCGCGCGGCCUGCAGUCCCGGGCCCGCGCCCCUCGCCGCCGCCCGCCCGCCAGACAUGGAGCCCAGCCUCGACGGCCCCGCCGCCAUCCGCGAGGGCUGGUUCCGCGAGACAUGCAGCCUGUGGCCCGGCCAGGCCCUGUCGCUGCAGGUGGAGCAGCUGCUCCACCACCAGCGCUCGCGGUACCAGGACAUCCUAGUCUUCCGCAGCAAGACCUAUGGCAACGUGCUGGUGCUGGAUGGCGUCAUCCAGUGCACGGAGCGGGACGAGUUCUCCUACCAAGAGAUGAUCGCCAACCUGCCGCUCUGCAGCCAUCCCAACCCCCGCAAGGUGCUGAUCAUCGGAGGUGGAGAUGGGGGCGUUCUACGCGAGGUGGUGAAGCACCCCUCGGUGGAGUCUGUAGUCCAAUGCGAGAUUGAUGAGGAUGUCAUCCAGGUCUCUAAGAAGUUCCUGCCGGGCAUGGCCAUUGGCUACUCUAGCCCAAAGCUGACCUUGCACGUAGGUGAUGGCUUUGAGUUCAUGAAACAGAACCAGGAUGCCUUCGACGUCAUCAUUACUGACUCCUCGGACCCCAUGGGCCCUGCCGAGAGCCUCUUCAAGGAGUCCUAUUACCAGCUCAUGAAGACAGCGCUGAAGGAGGACGGCAUCCUGUGCUGCCAGGGUGAGUGCCAGUGGCUGCACCUGGACCUCAUCAAGUCGAUGCGGCAGUUCUGUAGGUCCCUGUUCCCGGUGGUGGGCUAUGCGUACUGCACCAUCCCGACCUACCCGAGUGGCCAGAUCGGCUUCAUGCUAUGCAGCAAGAACCCGAGCACCAAUUUCCAGGAGCCCAUCCAGCCACUGACACAGGCGCAGGUGGAACAGAGGCAGCUGAAGUACUACAAUGCCGAGGUGCACCGUGCCGCCUUUGUGCUGCCUGAGUUCGCCCGCAAGGCCCUGAAUGAUGCAAGCUGAGCCCCAGUGCCACCAUGCCACCGUCCAAGACCUCGGGCUGCACUGGAGAGCCUCAAGGGUGUCGGCCCCCCAGCCUGGACCAGACCCCUGCCAGCUGUCCACUGGCCAUGUUCAACACACCCCAGGAUGCUGCCUACCAGCACUGCUGGGCGGACUCCGGGUGUCCCUCAUGGCUGGCGAACGCCCCAUGCCCACACCAGCUCUGUACAGCACUGUCCCCCAUCCCCUCAGCAAACACGUAUUUAUAACAAAGUUCGCAGUCCUGUCCUCUGGCCUUUGCUGGUCCCAGCAGGAGCCACAUGAGCCAUCACUGGCCACUGUCAGGUGUGAGGGUCUGCGUGGGCCCUCCACUGUCACACUGGGCACAAAGGGACACCACAGUCACCUCACUAACCCUCAGUCUGGCUCAUCAGCCUGGGACUCUGGGACCAAGGCAGUCUUUCGGAGAAGUUAGGCUUUGCACAACAUUGAGGGGGACCCCGGAGAGGGCUGGAGUAGAGCCAGAGUCCGGUUCCCACGGCCUUGUUGAAACAGGUAUGGAGCUUGUGAUGGUGACCUCUGCUGAGUCCUAGGUCCCCCAGCAAGCCCCCACACCACUCUGAGCUGCUCUACCCCCAUGAGGCCAGCAGCUGAGAGCAUAGGCCUGCAGUUCACAGGCCCUCCCUGGAUGCAGGGCUGUUCCCUCUCCAAGGUGCUGAACCUGCAGCCUCCCUGCACCGGGUGCUCUUGGCCACCCUGUGACUGGGACCUUGCGGGCUGGGCCAGUGCAGAUGGGAGGGAGCCACUCCUGGCUCAGGGACUGCAGUAGCCAGCCCCCUUGCUGCCCUGGACAGAGAGAGAGGCUACCUUCUGGUUACACUGGAUCCCUCUUCCUUACCUGGGCAGCCCCUCACUGUCUCAGGCUGGGGCUGGUUCUAGUUGGGUCCAGCGGCUGCCUAUCCACUCGUUGGUCCUCAAGCCUCUCUGCCCUUCCCCCCAAGCCUGAGCAGUCAUGGCAGCAGGUGGGGCAGGCUGGGGUCUCUGCUGGUGUCUGCCCCUCAGCAGAACCCUGAUGAAGCCUGGCUGCAGGGCCCAGCCCCAAAACACUGGAAGCUGCAGGGGCUGGCAUUUGUCUCUUGAGUUUGUGUGUUGAUUCGGCCUUCACAGCACCUGUGAGGAAGGCUCUGUUAUUGCAGCACAGGUGGGGGGACCGGCCCAGCCUUAGCCCUUCUGGGGGCUCCCACCCAGGGUGGCUGUGCCUCCCAGCCCCAACGUUCAUUCAUCAGGAGGGUGCACAGUGGGGUCCUAGGCAGAGAGCAGUGCAGGGGAAGCAGCAGAGGAAGCCUGGGGACUCCUAGAUGGGAGCCCUGGCCUAGCCCUGCCUCCUUACCCUGACCUGGGGCACUCCGCUCUGGCCAGCGCCCUGUCGUAGGACAGGAGCAGUGAGCCUUCUCAGAAAGCUUCAGGUAGAGGCACCAGGUGGCUGCUCCUGACCUCUAAUGAGGUCACGGUGAGCCUCAGGUGAGCGUGGUUCUGGGCCCCACGGCCCAGUGGGCACUGGAGAUGUGGCCUGGCCCGCGGAGGGAAAGCAGCUGUGUGUGCGCGCACAUGCGUGCCAAGUGCAACCCAGGGGCUUCUACAGCCUCAGUCCUUACGUUUUAAGACGCAUCUUGGGAAGUUCCCCAGGCUGGCCUUGAAAUUUUGAACCUCGUGCCUCGCCCUCCUGAGUGUAUAACCACUUUGGCAUGGAGAUGUGACCGUGCCAGCUACUGACGCCUACCUGGGGUGUCCCAUGCCUAUCUCGUGCCUCAGCCUGCACGUUUCCUGCGUCCUUUACGAUAAUCCUUAAAGUGUGUGUGCAGAGUGCUGUGAGCUGUCCUGCCAAGGAAGGUACUGGAGUCCUGGUUUAUAGCCUGUGGGAAGGGAGCUGGCUCUGGUGGCUGGCAGGCACGCACACACACGCACGCACACACACACACACACAUUCCAGCUCCUCUAGAGAUGAAGCAGGAGGAUCGGGAGCUCAAGCCCAGCCUCGGUAAUUUCCCAAGACCCUCGCCUCAAAAUGCUUGAAAGCUCUGGGGACAGUUCAGAGCAGAGUUCCUGGGUUCAACCCCCAGAGCUCCCAUUAAAAAUUAGUGGAGGGCUGGGGAGAUGGCUCAGGAG